UUAACGGAUGAUCAAGGUAGGUAAGUGACCAAAAACCUUUGUUGAGUUUAAGUAAUUUCAGACAUACAAGAGAAUUAUAGAAGAGUUUGGGGAUGGUCAUGGAUGUGUUGGCUUAUUCGUAUACUCGAUCUUCUUUCUCUAGGGUUAAGAAUAGAAACGCAUACAAUUCUCAUCUGAUCAGCUCCCAAGACACGGAUGAAGCCAGAUGCCAUUCACUGUAAUUAAUAUUCAUUUGCCAUGGUAUAACACUGUAAAAAAAAAAAAAAUGCCAAAUUCCAAAUUUACGCAUGAGCUUUUUAUUUCAAAAUAAUUUUUGACAAGAAUAUAACCUUUAUGUCCCAAGACUAUGGUGUCUUGAUCAGCCAUAACCCUUAGCGCAUAGGCGCAUGCAAUUAUUCUUUGGGCGUUGGUGAUGCCAUGCUUCACACAUUUAUAUGGAUGUGUACUGGAAUUUCUCAUUUGUUGUCGUGUUGUCAAUGAUAUAGGAUAUAUGUCUUAAAAUGCAUCCCAAGUAAUGUGGAAAUAUGAAUCGGAUUUUUUUAUCACCUUAACUCUCAAGAUAUAUAGUUUGGACGCACGCCUGAAAAACUUUUCUUACAUAAUAUUCCUCAAUUGCUUUUUUUAGUCUUAAGAAAAUUGAAGAGGAAAUAGAGUGUAUCCGGCCAUUAUGAAAAAGAAUUGGGACUUGCGGGAUGUUCAGAUGUUUGCAGUCCAUUCAAAUCCAGUCAUAACAAGCACCUCCUUUUCCAUGGCUUCUCAAACUCUUCCUUCACCCUGCCCAAGCGUUUGCAAUUAUGACGGUCUUUCUAAGUUUUAGAGGUGCUAACAAGAAUUUUACUGAUCACUUGUACUCCGCCUUAAUGCGAGUUGGAAUACAUACAUUUCGAGAUGAUGGAGAGCUCCCCAGGGGGGGGAACAUCUCUACCGAACUGCAGAAAGCAAUUCAUGGAUCAAAAAUUUCCAUUGUAGUUUUCUCAAAAGGCUAUGCUGAUUCUAAGUGGUGUCUUAACGAGCUUGUCGAGAUUACGCACCGUGCAAAAAUUGGAGUCCAAACUCUUUUUCCCAUAUUUUAUCAUGUGGACACCUCGAAUAUCCGAAAACAAACUGGAACUUUUGCAGAUGCAUUUGCUAGGCAUGAAGAGCAAUUUCAGAAUGAUAUGGAACGGGUGAAGGGGUGGAGAGCAGCGCUUAGAGAUGCUUCUUCUCAUUCCGGCUGGGAUAUUAAGGAAGUGGCGAAUGGGCAUGAAUCAAGAGUUAUAGACCAAAUUGUGAAAGAAGUUUUAAGUAAAUUGAAGCCAGCUGAGUAUUUGGAUGUUGCCAUUCACCCAGUAGGAGUCGAUUCACGAGUUGAAGAGAUGAAAGCUUUAUUAGAUCAUGAAUCAAGUGACGUUCGCAUUGUGGGCAUCUAUGGAAUGGGCGGGAUCGGUAAAACCACGAUAGCAAAAGCUGUCUAUAACCAAAUACGUUAUACAUUUGAAGGAAGCAGUUGUCUUCUCAAUAUCAAAGAAAAGUCUGAACAGUUCAAUGGCUUAGUUCAUUUCCAAAAACAACUUCUUUUUGAUAUCUUGAAAAUGAAGAAAUUUAAGAUUGACAGUGUUGAUAGAGGGAUAAGAUUGAUUCAAGAAAGAAUUCAAGGAAAAAGAGUUAUUGUUGUUCUUGAUGACGUGGAUGAUUUGAAACAAAUACAUUACUUAGUUGGACAAUGCAAAUCAUGGCUGGGUCCAGGAAGUAGAGUCAUUAUAACAACUAGAAAUGAACAUUUGUUGACACAAGUACAAGUGAAUGGAAAGUAUGAGGUUAGAAAAAUGGAUGAGUUCGAAUCUCUUCAACUUUUCAGCUGGCAUGCCCAUCCAACAGUAGAUCACCUGGACCUUUCGGUUAGUUUCAUGAAUUAUGCUGGAGGACUUCCAUUAGCUCUUGAAGUUCUGGGCUGUCAUCUGUGUGGGAGAAGUGUCGAUGCUUGGGAAAGUGAAUUGGAAAUAUUACAAAAAAUGCCUCACGACAAGAUUCAUAAAAUACUUAAGAGAAGUUUUGAUUCCCUGGAUCAUAAUAGAAAGAUCAUAUUCCUUGAUAUUGCAUGUUUCUUUGUUGGUUUAGACAAAGAAUAUGUCAUUACAAUACUUGAUGGUUGUGGCUUCUCAUCCAAAAGCGGGAUUGACAUUCUUGUUCAAAGGGCCCUCCUGAGAAUUGACAUGCAACAUAAAUUGGCGAUGCAUGAUUUGAUUCGAGAUAUGGGAAGGGAAAUUGUUCGUGAAGAAUCAAACCAAUAUCCAGGAAAGCGUAGUAGAUUGUGGUUUCACAAUGAAGUCUUGAGUGUAUUGCACAAAAAUACGGGAUCGGAAGCAGUGGAGGGUCUCAUCCUGAAUCCAUUUUAUGAGCUUAGACAUGAAGAACGUUUGAGGACCAAAGCAUCUUUUGGGAAGGGUCACUCCCUAAAUUCACCCGAGCUUAAAGGAUUUGAAGCGAAUGGUUUCACCUUACAUUUGCCUGGGCUUAAAGUAGAACAUUUGAAAACAGAAGUAUUUGCAAAAAUGCAGAAUUUGAGACUGCUACAAAUCAAUGCUGUACAUCUCACAGGAAGCUACGAAUAUCUUUCCAAAGAGCUAAUAUGGCUUUGUUGGCAUGUCUGCCCUCUGAAAUUUCUACCUCAAAAUUUUCAUCUGGAGAACCUUGUUGUUCUUGAAAUGCAGUACAACAAUCUCACACAAAUCUGGAAAGGGAACAGGAUACUCAACAAUUUAAAAGUUCUUAAUCUCAGCUAUUCCAGAACUCUCAUAAAAUCGCCAGACUUCUUACAAUUCCCACAUCUGGAGGUACUAUUACUUGAAGAAUGCAUAAAAUUGGUUGAACUACAUGAGUCUAUUAAACAUCUGAAAGGGCUGGUCAGACUGAGUUUAAGAGACUGCAAGAAAGUUAGAAAUCUUCCAGAAAGCAUUUCUAACUUGAAAUCUCUUGAAAUUCUGAACUUGUCUGGCUGCUUACAGCUUGACAAGUUGCCAGAGAAAUUGGGGAAUUUGGCGACUUUAAAAAAGUUGCUUGCAGACAGAACUGCUAUCAAGCAAUUACCAUCCUCCUUUAGUCUUUUGAAGAAUCUCAAAGCCAUAUCAUUAUUUGGACAUGAAGGGACUUCCUUAGAAUCUUGGUUGUCAUGCUUCUCAACGUGGAUUUCAUCACCAAAAUGCUUGAACCCCAUGAAUUUGGUACGAGCUUCAGUUGUUGGAUUUUAUUCUUUGGGAAAACUAGUUCUCAAUAACUGCAACUUGUCUGAAGCUGAGAAUGCCAUUGAUCUCGGAGGUUUUAUCUUCACUACAAGAAUUGGAUCUAUCAAAAAACAACUUUUGUAGGCUACCUCAAGGCAUUGGUCGCCUCUCUAAAUUAGGAAUGUUACGUUUGAAAAAUUGUGUGUACCUUCAGUCAAUUUCAGAACUCCCUACAAAUUUACAGAUCCUGUUUGCAAAUGAUUGCUCCUCAAUGGAAAGGCUCUCACUUUCACAGAGUCCACAAUUAAUUGGUCUUUCCCUCAAUCACUGCAGCAAUCUGCUUGAGAUUCAGGGCUUAAAUUUGGAAGCUAUUCCAUUCAUUGAAAUGAUUGGGUGCGACAAUCUACCAUCCAAUUUUUGGACUAAUCUUCUCCAGGAUCUGUCAACCCCGAGUGCUACUGAAAGACUAGUUUGCUUCCCUGGCAGGGAGGUUCCAAAUUGGUUUAGCCAUCAAAGAAUUGGAUCUUCGAUUUCCUUUCGUGUACCUUCACUUUCAGAAGGUGAGAUUCGCAUGCUACUUAUUUGCGCUGUUUGUUCAUACAUGCAAAAUGGGAAUACGCCAGAUCUGGACGUGAUAAUCCAUAAUAAAACCAGAAACUUCCGGCAUCUUCUUGUGUCAAUACCGGUUGAACAUUGUGCAAAAUUUUCACAUAAUUUAUUCUUAUUCCAAGCCCCUGUGAUAAGAAAUAAGUUGAAGACGGUAGAUUUCCCAGAAAAGGAAAUGGAAAUGUUUAGUGGAGAGGAAAUCGAGGUGUCUUUCAAUAAUUGGGGCUCGGGCUACAAUGAGGUGAGCAAGUGUGGCGUUCAUCUUCUGCUCGAGAAGCCAAAUGAUAACAAUGGAAGUAUGGUGCAAUAUCUCAGAUAUGAUACUGCUGAAGAUGAUGAAAUGUCUGCUGCAGCCGAUGAUAAUGAGAUCUCUUUCCAUUCUGAAGUUGACGACUAAUGCCUACAAAGAUCGUUCAUCGGUGAAAUGAGGGCUUAAUCCUCUUACGAAAGGUGGGAAAAUGGUGGCUGGAAGAAUGGAUAAAAACAUAUUGCCUGACUGAUCAUUUCUUUUUAUGGUCUGUUAUCAUUUAUUCACGCUCUUAAAGGGAAUCAUGUUUACAUACUCUUCCUAGUCAACAAUCAUUUAUUCACGCUCUUAAAGGGAAUCAUGUUUACAUA